CAAAAUACACCUGAUACCCAAAAAACUUCCAGCAUGCGCAUCAAAAUACUCAUGGAACUUAAAUACUCCGGCAGUCCGGCCACUUUAAAGAAUUGAGAUCAAAUUUGUUUGACGCAUCAAAAACAACAAAACUUUGUGUAUCGAUCAAACAAGUUGUGAUUUUUGAAAAAGUUUUUCCGCAGAGAUUAAUUUUGAAAAAAUGACAACACCUAAUUAUGACUCGGAUUCUAAUAGCUCGUCAUCUACCGAUGAUUCACAUACAUUGUCUACACAAAUGUUGAAUGAGUUAAGGAGGGACGAUGAUAUUUAUGCCGAAAUGAACAUUGAUGUAGUAGAGACAUGUGCAGUUCGCAUUCCGUUGAUAUUGUCUCCUAUGUUAAUAUGUAGCAACGGUCCUCAUGGCGGUUCAACCAGUGUUAGACGGUAUAUAAAUCGUGAUAGGAGAGAACGCCAUGAUCUAAUUGUCAAUGAUUAUUUCAAUGGUGCGAAAUCAAAGUAUACACCUGAGAAAUUUCGGCGACGAUUUCGGAUGGACAUCGAAUUAUUCCAACGUAUUUUGAGAGCAAUUGAGGCCUAUGAUGAUUAUUUUACACAAAAGGUUGAUGCGGUCGGAAAGCCUGGGUUAAGUCCUUUACAAAAAACCAUAGCUUCAAUACGUAUGUUAGCGUAUGGUUGUGCUGCGGAUAUUCUUGAUGAGUAUGUCCAAAUUGGAGAGAGCACGGCAAUUGAGAGCUUGAAACGAUUCUGCGAUGCAAUAAUUGACAUAUUUGAAAAGCAAUAUUUACGAAAACCAGACAAAGAUGAUGUUGCAAGACUUUUGAAGGAGGGGGAAGCCCGUGGAUUUCCAGGUCAGCAUUACAAGACAGUUUACUUGCUGCAUUGGAAACUAGUUUUUUACACCGAUGUCUGUAGCGGAUGACGUAGCCAUAAUUUUUAAUGUCAACAGCUUUGGACUGGAGAUGCUCUAACUAUCACACG